AUGGAUUUAUAAGCAAUAAAUUCCAAUUAUAAGAAUUUCCUUGAAGAAAUUGGUUCAUAUUAUAGUGUUGUUGAUGAUUAAGAAGUUCAAAUAUUAAGGAAAAAGCAAGAUGAUUGUUAUCAAAAUUUCUUGGAUGUUCAUUAUGAAUAUACAAAGUGUAAUAAUAUUAUUAUAAUUUAAGGUAUUUCAUAAAUAGAUGACAAAUAUUCUAGUCUAAAUAAAACUUUUAAAUUUAAAACAGAAAAAGCUGCCAAAUCUUACAAAUCUUGUUUAUAAAACAAAAAAGUUGAAGAUUGUCAUGAAAGAACAUGGAAGCAUUUACAUGAAAAUAUGAAGCAAUACAUAUCAUUAUUAAGAAGAAUUGAUACCUAAACUAUUAAAUAUUGA